AUGCGAGCACUCCAACAUUUCUUUGGUUAUAAUCACAUACUUAGUACUCCGUAUCACCCGCAAACGAAUGGCGUUGUUGAACGUUUUAAUGCAUCGAUGGUGGUUCAAGUCUCAAAACUUCAACAAAAACACCACAACAACUGGGAUGACUACCUUGAUGCCGUUAUUUUUGCAUACAAUAGUUCAAAACAUCGAACAACCCAGUAUUCCCCCUUCGAACUUCUUUUUGGUCGCUCACCGAAACUUCCCAUCGAUUCACCUCCACGGUAUUUUCACUUUGAUCGCCCUAAUGCUUAUUUCGUACAUCUUCAAAAAAUCCUUCAAGUUUAUCAUCAGCACGCAAAGUUUAACAUCCUGAACCAACAAAGUUAUCAUAAACGAUAUUAUGAUCAAAAUCGUCCAGACCCUCAUUAUAAUGUAGGUGAUCGGGUUUUCACAAGAAUUUUCGCUGCUCGAGGAAAGUUGGAUCCACGGUACUCUGCCGAACCAAAACUUAUCGUUCAAACUAAUCAUCCCACAUAUAUUGUGAAGCAUGAACCAACGGGUUUCGAACAUCGAUAUCAUGUUUCGGACUUACGGCCCGUAACCUUAGCCUACGGCGACAAUGGUUCCAUUUAA